CACUUUUCUGAUGGCUGUCCGGAGAUCUGGAGGCAGUACCAUCAUACAACCAAAAAUGCCCCCCCAGUACCCAAGCAAGCAGAGGAUAAGGGCCAGUCUUCUGCUUACUGCUACAACUGCGCCGAGAAGGGACACUAUGGCCAUGCCUGUACGAAACCUAGAAUGUCCGAAGGGGUUUUUGUCCACGUGCCAUACAUAAACCACUACGACACGUUGGAGGAAAUUCAACGCAGGCAAGAGGAGAGAAAGGGAAAAGCUCAAAAAAUGCAGGAAAUUCCCGCCUCGAGCACCCCACCUGCUCAACCCGUUUUUGAAGGAAAACGGCGACUUCCCAAGAGCAGAAAGGCAAAAAAAGAAGGGGAGAAGGAAGAGAAAAAAUGAAAAAAAAAAGAUAGACGGACAACACACUUACGAGUCCCAACCAUCCUAGGUGGACUGUGUGAGAAAAAAAAACGUAAUAUUUUCUUCUUAAAGCGUGACCUCAAACAGGUGAGGAAGCUGAAACAGGUUUUCUUCGUCAUGUUUCUGCUUCCUGCUGUGAUGUGCAGCUUCUGAUUGUUCAAUUUUGAAGUGUUUCAGUCCAAUGCUUGAUAUUUUGAUAUUUCAUUAUUAAAUCUUUAACAAUUA